UUGGUUUUACUUCUCACAUGUCCCGAAAAGCACAAAGCGAAUACUUUCCUUCAUUUCCACAGUGGCUCACGGGAUACGUUCACUCGUACGGGGCGGGAAAGAAGAAAUAGAAAAGGGAUUUAUCGUGGAAUUAAUUCUAGAACACCAGGUUCACUCCCAUAACCAGCCUCAUUUUAUUACAAAUGAUGUGAUUUGUUGCUCAAAAUGAAACCUGGUGGAGUUCCCUCUGAAGCCAGAAACCAGUCAAAAGGUGCUAGAAUUUUGGAAAAUAAAAAUAAAGGGAUAGUCAGUAAAGUAAAUGAUUCAAAAAACAAAUCUUCUCAGCCAGUUUUAAAACCACUUUCUGGAAAAGUGUUUUACUUAGAUCUUCCAUUUGGGAAAUCAACUGAAAUAUUAGAGAAAGACAUUCUAAAUCUAGGUGGGAAUAUCGAACGAUUCUUUAGCAAGGACAUUCGUUAUCUUGUUACAAACAAAAAAGAGGCAAAAUUUGUACAGUGCCUUGGAAUAAACUCUCCAGCAAGGAGUCCUGAUUCUUUCAAUGCCACAGGAAAUAGUUCUCCUUGUCCUAGUAGUCAAAAAAACAACCUUAAAGAAGGCUCACACACUGCGGCUGAUGUGGCCCAGACAAGUAGAGGAAAGUCUUUGGUCGAAAAAGUUAUUAAAGAGCAGGAAUUCAUACCUGCAAAGCGAAUCCUUUCGAAUGCUUUGGCUUGGGGAGUCAAAAUUCUUUAUGUUGAUGAUAUUAAGUCUUACAUUGAAAGAAAAAGAAAAGACCUUCCUGGAGACUCUGUAAUUACGACUUCUAAAAAGACAACAAGGAAAAAUAACACUGAAAAGCCCUUGAAUAGCAAAUUUAAAGCUGGAAGACUGGCAAAACCUUUCCUUAAGGUUGAAGACAGAAGCAGACAUUACAGACCACUUUAUCAGCUACUGCCAGGUUUUCCAGAGUUAAGUUUUGCUGGCACACCUCCAUAUAGUCCUUUUGAUCUGGAAAAGAAAAAAAAAAUGCAUUGAAAGAAACCAUUCACGUCAAAAUAGGAGUAAAGGGCAUGUACAAAGUAAAAGUGAGCAGGAUAUUAAAAAGCACUUUCAAACCAAAAUUAAAAUAAUGGACCUUAAAGGCAAAAAGAAGAGAGGCUACUGUGAAUGUUGUGCAACAAAAUAUGAAGAUAUUAAUGCUCACCUGGAAGGUGAGCGCCACAAGUCUUUUUCAAAGAGCAAGGAGUAUGAUAUAGUAGAUGAAGUUGCUUCUAACCUUGUGCAUAAUUUUUUAGACAAGAAGGAUACCAAAAGGGUAAAAUGCAGCUUGGGUGUUUAUUUUCAUGCCAUAGCUAUGGAGGAAAAUGCUGACCGAACAAAAGAUAUCAACACAGGAAAUUUGGAAAAAAAGGAAAAGACUUUUUCCUCUGCUCCACACGUCUUCUCAAAGAAAAUGGAGAGAUCUGAUGAAAGUAAUCCAUUUUUGUGCCACACAAAUGAUAAAGGUGUAUCAUCUUUGUGGAAUAACCAUUGUACUGGACCUUUUGUUUUAUUUCCAGAAAAUAUUGCAAACAGCACUGCCACACAAAAUGCUAUCCAGUCUCCAAAGCAGCCAACAAACCAAGAGCCACAGAUAUCACAUUCUCAACCUAGAAAUUUGCACACAAGUGAAACCAAACAUUGCUUGAUUAAAAAGCAACCCAAUAACAUCCAGAGAUGCAUAGUGUCACCUUCAAAACUCUUAAAUUGUGAGACAUGUUUAACUGAAAAUAAAAAGCAGCUGAGCCCUAAACAUGCAAGUUUUCUUGGAAAAUCUUCUGAAGUUACUCUCCAGUUGUGUAGAUUAGACCUUCCAGUUACUGAAACUAACCAACAAUGGAACAUUAAUAGAAUUCCUUGGGAUUGUAGUCCAGAGCAAAAACGUAAAAAGGCAGCAUUUGCUUCUAACCAUUCUAAAACCUUUGUGACUGGUACAUCAAGUUCACUAAAUGCAAGUGCUGUUGAAGCUGAAAUGAAUAAUGAUCAAUUAGCUGCGUGCGAGACAAAUCAAACUCUAAACAAUGUGCAAAGAGACAAAGCAAGUACCACCAGUUCUCAUAUUGCUUGUAUAACGUCAUCACCUGAAAUAAAAUUUAAAAGGAAAUCUAAAAGUCGGAAAAGAACUAAACUGGAGGAUAAAAAAGAAAUGAAUUCAGUCAUAGUUCGUAAGAAAAACUUAGAAUGUCAGUUUCAACAACAUGAAGCCAUUUCAUGCCAUUCUACACAGGAUCUAUGGCAACUUUUUCAGUCUAGUGAGGAUAAUGACUAUGAAUUUAUUGGCUUUACUGAUGAUUCAACCUGUAGUCAGUUACGUAUUGGUAAAUCAAUUAUUCAAGAAGAAAGCAUUACCCCCAACCUUCAUUUACUUUUCAAUGAUUCAUCAACAUCCUCAUUCUUUGGAUUUUAAAUUUUGUAAAGUCUUUUUCAGCCAUUGUACAAAAAGAUCUGUUAAUAUUAAUAUUUUAAUUGUCCAA